AUGGACACGCAGAGCAGACCACGACCAACAAAACGAUGGCUGAUUCUUGUGGGACUCUUUGCCGUCGGAUAUUUUGACAUCGGAACGUUGAAAUCGAUGGGCGUGUUCCUUGAGGAAAUGACGGAUGAUUUGCAAACAUCUCUCGCUGUCAUCGGAGUAGCUAUUGGACUAUGUCACGGAGUAGCACAAUGCUUUGGGUUUGGUUAUAGCUUAGUCAUUUUGCCUUCUGAAGCCAGCGUCGUUGACUUCUUUCCAGAUCACUUCGAAAUCGCUACAACCAUUGUCCUCCUCGGCAGCAGUGUAGGUAUGAUGACGCUCCCAUUGCUUACAGAACAGCUCGUCAUGGCUUACUCCUGGAGAGGAGCGAUCCUUAUUCUAGGGGCCUUGAACUUUCAUUCGUGUGCGACGGGGCUACUAAUGGCGUCAAGUAGUCAACACAGGCGUAUAUUAGGAGAACCUACAUUUUUAGCUGGUAGAGCUCAGAUCGGGGAAGACCAUGAAGAAACUGUGUCCCUGAUAAACGAGCAGACGACUGUUGACCUACAUAACUUAGAUGAUGAUCGCAAUGACGAUGGAGUCUUUUGCUCCAGCGCCAAAAUCGUCAGAGCUGCUAAAAAGAUAUUCCUGGAUAUUUUUGAUGUCAAAGUAUUCCGUGAGUGCCCCCGCUUCAUCACAAUCUGCAUGACUUUCUUUACUUCCGCCGUCUCCUACUAUGGAUGGAUCGUCUUCUUGAUUCCCAAUGCCGAAGCCAAGGGUAUCAGUCCCGACAAAGCCGUCCUACUUGCAACCAUUGGCGGUGCUGCGAACAUCUUUGGAAGGCUCACAGUAGGUUUCCUGGCUGCAAGGCUCAAUCUGAAACCUCAGGUCACCUACUGUUUCAUCUGCAUCGCAACAGCAGGGGCGUUCUUCUCUGUUUAG